GUAGGUAAAUAUAAAAUUGAGACCUUUGACACGGCCAAAAAGACAUACAGUAUCAACCCGAAAAUGGGCAUCACAGUCCGAAUUCAGAAUCCAGAUGGUGAGAAGAUCAUGGACAAAGUGGUACAAAACUCGCCUGAGAAGUUCGCAUUCACCACGGUUGUUCCUGGAGAGCACUAUGUGUGUCUCUCAGCCGAUGCCGGAUGGAUCGGCCGGGGCGCGGCUAUUAAAGUUUACUUUGAUGUGGUGAUGGGUGAGGGUGCCAAUGACUACGACGAGAUUCGCCGCAAAGACAAAUUGGAUGACAUUCAACUGCGUGUGCGUCAAUUAUUGGACCAGAUCAAUCAGAUCUCCAAGGAGCAGGCGUACCAGAGGGUUCGUGAGGCUCGUUUCAGGCAUACGAGUGAAGCUACCAACAGCCGCGUCAUCUACUGGUCCUGUGCUCAAUUCGCAAUCCUGAUAGUGGCCGGUCUGUGGCAAACGCGCCACCUUCGAGGCUUUUUCGAGGCCAAGAAAUUGGUAUAGGCAGUCGAAGGGAUGCACAUCAAGCACACAUGUGAAGGGGUACAUAUCAGACACAGUACACAACUAGGAAUGAGGCUGUCAAUGGAAGUGCACAGAUGAUAUAUAUUGUACUGGAUGGACGUUUUCAGUAAAACGGGAUUAAACGGUACUACUAGGUAUUCCCUUGGUCUUGGAGUUCGGAGAGGAUUCAAUUGGGCGGUUACAGAUACUUGAGAAAACAAGAGUUGUCGGUUGAAGUGUAGUCAAGCUUCGUAUUCGGUUAGGUGGGAUACAGUACAGUGGUGCUGUUCAGGACCACCCACUUUGAUUGGACUGAGAUUCAGUUCAUAUUAAUUUUAUAUUGAUU